GUGGGGUGUCCAUAUUACGUACUUCCGUUCUGUCCAUCGUCAUCUGAAACGAAGAUGGCUGCUUUCGGACGCUUCACACAAUCGUUGGUGAGGUCUUCUCUGACCCAGACCCGCCGCCAGCUCUCUGCCGCUGCUGAGCACGGCGAGCACUCAACCAAGACAUGGAAGAUACUUACCUUUGUGGUUGCCCUGCCUGGUGUUGGGGUGUGCAUGUUGAACACCUUCCUGAAAGAGCAACAACACAGCCAUGAACAACCAGAGUUCAUCCCUUACUCACACCUCCGCAUUCGCAGCAAGCGUUUUCCCUGGGGAGAUGGCAACAAAUCCCUCUUCCACAACCCCCACGUGAAUGCCCUUCCUGACGGCUAUGAGGGCCACGAUGAGUAAAUUGUCCUUCCAGACCUCAUAACUGGUACAGGGACCAGUUUCCUCUUUGUUUCCAGGACCACACUCGUUUGCAGUUUACUCUUCUAUCGUUACCUCUCAACAUAACAUGACCAUUACAACGAAAUGACGUCUCAAGUAUCUGAAAUAAAGUAACUAAAUUA